AAGAAAGUUGCAGUCAUGUUUUCUUGUUGUCGUUGUAACACAACGAAACGAGAGGGCAAAAACAAAAAAACAAAAGAUGAGGACAGUUCUCAAAGUGAAGAUGGCGAAGAGGACAAAAAAGAGACUCAAAGCAAAAGUAGUGAGAGUGAUUAUCACGACGGUGAUAUAAUAGAAAUACGGUUGAAGGAUCCUGACAAAGAUACACAAAGUUCAAUUGAGCAACAGCAAAGUGGGUCGAAUGAAAAAAGUUUUUCUGUGGAUAUGGAGUUGCGUGAUGUGAAAACAAAUGCUAAAAGUGAUAGUAGCAAUUCAACAAUUGAGGAAUCAGUUAUUGUUAAUAAAUCGAAAGAUACAGAGUUCGAUUCUAACACAUUCAGUGGUGAUAAUAGUACUGUUCCUAAUCAAUUGUCGAGUAAUCCAAGCAAAGAAACGUACCGUAAAGAUAGUGAUACAACGAUAACAAAUGGUGAUUAUCCGAAAAGCUGUAUAUCGCGUCGUAGUUCGUCAUCAAUACGGAAACGAGUUAAUAUCAAUGAUAGCACUGAAGUAAUACCUUCCUCGGAAUUUAACUCUAUGGAUGACGAUGAAGUAUUUUCCGACUCAAUUCCACCAAGAUUGCCUCGCGGUGAUAUGUGUGCACCGUAUAUUAAAAAGCAUGAAUCCACCCCUGGAGGAUUUCCACUGCCUGCUUGGUUUAAUGACGAUAAUAGAUUCUAUUAUGAUGAAUACGGUGGUUCAUUGGAACCGCCAGUAACUCCUGUUGGUCGAGAUGAACUAGAAUUGAAGCGACACCGAAUGUAUUCAGAGUUAUUGCAGGCAGCACAAGCUGCUGUUGAACAUCGAGUACGUUUUGAUCCCCUUGGACCGGAUAUUGCUAGUGAAGAUUGCGAUCCGGACCUAAAACCUUCCUUUACUGGGGAGUUCGAAAAUUUACUAAAUCGCUUGGAACGGCUCGUUGAACGUUUGGAACGUUCAGUCUCAGCGCACGAACUAGAAAUCGCAAAUAAAGCAUUUGAUUCUGUUCUUGGAAGGCGACGUGAUAGUUUUGACAUUGAAACUGCGGAAUUACCUCCAUUACCCGAUCCGCCGUCAUCUUCAUCGAAACAAAUUGAAUGUAUUGAAAACAGUUUAAGUGAACGGAUCAAUCGACUUGAAACUUCUCUUAAUCAUAUUAAUAAUAACUUUAAGAAGGAAUCAUCUGAAGAAGAAGAUAGUCUCGAAAAUAUUCCCACAGUUCUAGAAGAGUAUUUACAAGAGGAAGAAGGAUCCAAAGUUGAGAAUAUGAGCGUUGCAGGAUACGAGGAUAUCACUUGCGGCCCGCUUGCCCAAUAUAUACAAUUGUCGAAUAAAAUCGGUGGAGAUGUUGCCCAACAUGCUGCUCUUGUGAAGCAGGCUUUUGAUGCGCAAUUGGAGUAUGUGAGGCUGGCGACACAGAUCUCCCAACCACCACAGGCAAAACAAAUGGAGCUGCUAAAACCCACUUCAGAUCAAAUAAAUGCUAUUCAAACUUUUCGGGAGAAGCAUCGUACAUCGCAACAUUUUAAUCAUUUGUCAGCAAUCAGUGAAAGCAUCCCUGCCCUUGGGUGGGUUUGUGUGUCACCAACACCCGGCCCCCACGUCAAAGAAAUGAAUGAUGCCGGGCAGUUUUAUACGAAUCGUGUACUUAAAGACUGGAAAGAAAAAGAUUCAACGCAUGCUGAAUGGGCACGAGCUUGGAUUCAAACUUUAACACAACUGCAGCAAUAUAUUAAACAAUAUCAUACAACGGGAUUAGUUUGGUCUGGCAAAGGAGCUGCGCCACCACCACCACCAUCUGCUGCUGGUUGCCCUCCACCACCUCCUCCGCCAGUUGCUGCCUUUGAUAAUUUAUCUGUAGGAUCUGGAAGCGACGAACGUAGUGCAUUAUUUGCAGAAAUUAAUCAGGGCGAAGGAAUCACGAGAAACUUAAAAAAAGUAACCGCUGAUAUGCAAACUCAUAAGAAUCCAACCUUACGCACUGGACCAGCACCAUUUAAGGCACCACAGCAAAGUUUCGGAGGUGCGCCGGUAGGAAAACCAUCAACGCAACAAAUCGACAAACCUCCCGUAUUUUCCAGAGAUGGCAAAAAGUGGCUUAUUGAAUAUCAAAAAUCCAACCCGAACUUACUUGUGGAGAACGCUGAAAUGAACAAUGUUGUUUAUGUGUUUAAAUGUGAAAACUCCACUCUAACUGUGAAAGGAAAAAUCAACAGCAUCGUAAUGGACUCGUGUAAAAAGUGUUCUAUUCUGUUUGAUUCGGUGGUUUCGUCGGUGGAAUUUGUUAACUGCCAAAGUGUGCAGAUGCAGGUCCUCGGCCAAGUACCAACCAUUUCAAUAGAUAAAACAGACGGUUGCCAAAUGUACUUGUCUAAAGAUUCUUUGGGAGUAGAGAUAAUUAGUUCUAAAUCAUCUGAGAUGAAUGUUUUGAUCCCCAAAGGCGAUGGAGAUUAUAUUGAACAACCGAUUCCCGAGCAAUAUAAAACCACGAUUCGAGGCAAUUCUUUGCUUACUAUUUGCGUGGAAAGUGUUGGUUAAUGCGCAGUGCAGACUUUGGAGUAAUCCAUUAUUGUAAUAUUCACUUGAUGAUUCGGAUUAGCAUCUACUAAUAAAUGAAUAAGCGUUUUACUAGUUAAAAUGAAAUUGGAAAAAUUUGAUACCAAAUCGUACUGUAUUUUACCCACUUACCAGUGGAAUAAUCGCAUAUAAAAAUCAGCAAGGCACAUACGAAAUAUAUACUUUUAAAGAGAAUUUUUACUAAUUUUUUAAUUUAAAUUUUUAGAUAACCAGAAAAGUAUUUAUUAUCGAUUUUAAUCCUAAAGUAGAUAAAAAAAGAGUUUUUGUAUUGUCAUGAAUCCAUAGGAAAUAAACUUCUCAUGCCGAA